UUCACACCACACUCACACCGUCUCCCACCACGCACCUCACACACCUCUCACCUCCUCAACCACAGGCAUAUGCAUCCAAUUAAAUUCAACACGCACGCCACCUAGACACAGAGACACAUGCAGACACAGCCUGCAUAGAUAAUGUGCACACCUAAUGUCACACGUUUGUGGGCACACACAGCCCCUUAGCAUAGACAGCCCUGCUGGCCCACUGCCUCCUCCCACCCCACCCCACUCCCAUAUGCACACGUACAUGCAUGCACACACACACACUCACACACUUGUCAACUGGCUCCUCACCUCAGACCCCUCAGCCCUGCCUGCAACCCUUUCCUGUCCAGAAUCGCAGGAGCAGCCACCACACAGACACAUGACACUCAAACACCAGCACUCAGGUCCUAAUAGAUAUAUUCCCCAAGCAAUCCCAAGAUGUGCCAUAGUGACUCUAAGCCAGCCACCUAGGCUGCAAACACACUGGCACACACAGCACCCCCCUGCUCCAACUCCUCUCUGACAAGAGACCCAACGGAAACCAUCAGGCCCCUGCAGUGGCCCUUCCUGGCCACACACAACAGCCAGUAACAUACACAACUACAUAUAGAGCCCUGUAUGCAAGCUGCCCCUACAACAACUCCACUGUACAAUGACAGACAUACAGCCACAUACACACAAGUUCUCUACACACACAACAGCCACACACCCAGUUACCACUCCACAGCCACAACACUGCCUCCCCAGCCACACAUAGCACACAAUGCCAUAGACCCACAAUUCCCACAUUUUCCAUAAUCUCCCCACAAAUAAUCCCACUCUUGAUGACACAUUCAUACACGGUACAACACACAAGAUUACACACAAGACACACACAACACAUGCAACCCAGCCCGUGCUGCACACACAGAGGAACACUCACACAAACACAUACACUCUAGACCCACCCAGCCUGGACACAUCCCACCGCAGGUGACUGACACCAGAUUGCAGUCUACUCUUCCCUAUCUCAAGCCCUAGCCGCCCCCAUCAAGACCAAGGCAGCUGGGAUGAGGGGCUUUAUAAGUUACAAAAGCCAGUGCCCACCGCAUCAUCCCCCCACCACCUCAGACCCCUGGGCACCGCCUGAGGGCAGCACACUCCACGUUCAGGCCCUUCCACGUGAGCCCACACCAUGCCAUGCCUGAGAACAUGGGAUGCAAGGGGGUCCCAGGGACACUAGCUCUGCUCUCUGAGCCUGCCCCUCCUCACCGCAAAGCAGAGGAGGCAGGGGGAUGUCGGGAGAAUGUUGGAGGCCGCUCCGAGACGGACAGGCCCUGGAGCAGUCGCCCAUCUGCGAGGGAGACACGUGCGCACAGACACCGAGCGCACACACGGCGGCCGCGACUGACUGGGCCCUCAGGCCUGAGCCGGCAGGUCCGUUUUGCCGUCCCCGGAGCCGGAGAGGGUGCAGGCCCCAGUGCCACACGGUCCGCAGUUCCGCGGUGGGACCUGAGCGCCGGGAGCGCGUUUCUCCGCAGAGCGGCUUCUGGGUUCAGGCGCCUGCGGCAGCCGCAACGCUCCUGCGCCCCCUGCCGUCCCAUCGCGGCGGCGCAGCCCGGCCUCAGUUGCCGGCUGCCCGGAGGGGCCGCGUCCGGGGGUUCAGUGGGUCACCGGGGUCAUCUCCCUGACCGGACCGACCCGGUUCUUAGGCCUCUGCUUGGCAUGAAAGCGGCUGGGGCGGCGGGAAGGGUCUGGACUGUAGGGUGCGCUUGGGUCUCGCUAGGCCUUUGCCAGCGACUUGCCGCAUGACCUUGGUCGGAUCCCCUCCCCCCACUUCCUGGGCCUCAGUUUUCUCAUCUCCCUCACAGGACGGCCAGGAGGAUCAAACCCGGGAAUGCUGGGAAGGCAGAGUCCCCCGACAGCCCUCACUGUGGUCUGACCUGAAUCUCCGCCCCCAACUGCACUGCCGGCCUCUCUCUCUGCAGCUCCCCUCCUCACCAACUCUUGGAGGGUGACUCAGUGAGCCCCCAGCCUCCUGGCCUCCCAGCCUCCCCACCUCAGUUGGGUGAUUCAUCGGGGCCCUUUCUCCCUGGGGAGUGAUUUUCUCAAUGUUGAGUCACUGUGCCCAUUCUUGGACACAGUCCAGGCAGCUUGCACAUAGCCUUGGCAGAGCCCGGCCACCCCACCAACUCAGGGGGCGGCCCUCCAUGCCAGCAUUUCUCCCACCUUUCUGAGGCAUGCUCUGACAUGCUCUCCCCUAUUCACCCUCAGUGUCUCCCUACCCCCAGCACAAUAAAGCCUGGGCCCUCAGCCUGGCGGGCCAGACCCUCUACAGCUGAACCCUCACUUGUUCAUCCA